AUGGCGCCGAAGGACAGCGAUGCGUUUUUACCUCCCUCCCGCCCGGCCCGGUUCGGCGCCGCUGACCAGGCCGGGGCAAAGCGAGAGCCGUCCCCGGGCCCUCCCGCGCCGCGUCCCUGCGGUCCCCUCACCGGCGGCGGAGGAUGGGCGGUGUCUCCACAGGGGAAGGGGCAGGGCGGGAAGCGCCGCCGGGCCGCGGCCCCUCCGCCAUGGAAAGCGCCGGGGGCGGGAGGGGUCGCUCCGCCCGCGGGCCCCGCCGGCAGCAGCGGGGAAGGAAGUUCGCGGCGGGCCGCGCCGGGCAUGCAGCAGGGCCGGGAGGAGGAGGAGCAGCUGGAGGAGGAGGAGGAGGAAGGGGACGGCGGCCCGGAGAAGGCUCUGGAGAAGAGCCCUUUCCAACUGACGGCCGGGGAUGUCUAUGACAUCUCCUCCGUGGUGGGCCGGGACCUGCUGCAGCUCAGCGCCGGCCCACGCGUGCCCGCCGCCCUGGCCCGGCUGCAGUUCAGGAUCGUGAGGGUGCUGGAGAUGCUGGAAGCGCUGGUGAGCGAGAGCAGCCUGGCCGAGGAGCAGCUGCGGCUGGAGCGGGACAGCCUGCGGCGGGAGGUGGAGGAGCUGCGGGCAGCGGGGUCCCCAGGGAGCACCCAGCAGCUCAGCCUUGGACCGGAUAAAAUGAUAAUAGACCUCACAGAUCCAAAUCGCCCCCGGUUCACAUUACAGGAGCUGCGAGAUGUAUUGCAAGAGCGUAACCAGCUGAAAGCUCAGCUUCUUGUUGUGCAAGAGGAGCUACAGUGCUAUAAGAGUGGGAUCAUCUCACCGAAAAGGGACCAAACUGAAGAACUGGAAAAAGAAGCCAGAGGCAGCAGCAGCCCCAGCACCAGCAAGGACAGCGAAGAGAAGACAAUCAUCAAACGGCUGUUCUCUUUUAAACAUGGAAAAUGAGCAUCCUCGAGAAUUUAACCACUCCUGCUCAGAAAUGGCACUGAUGAGAGCCUCUAUGGCGUUAGAGGAAUCAACGAUUGGAAGAAAAAGCAUCACUUCUACCGUAGAGAAUAAGCAUUCUCAUAAAAAUUGUGUUGUAUAAUAUUCUUUCAGAAUAGAUUUUACUUCGCUUUUUUAGAAACUGUUUGACAGACACUUUUUGUAUUUCUUAGAUUCCUACCAGAUAUUACCCACAUCUAGAAAAUAAGUAUUUUAUACAAAGGUGGUUUUUAUUCUUAUUAAAGGAGCCUGUGCUAAUCUGUUCUACCACUUACUCAUCCUGUCAACCUAUCAAAAUGCUUGGCCCAACUCAUUUUACAAGAUGAAGAUAUUUUUUAGAGCUACAUGCUGUUCACAGAUGCCUUCAUACAGAAGCACUGGGAAGGAAGAACCCAUUCAGAGUGCAGUCCCCACUGCUCUUGUACAGAAAGUAAUUAUCUUGCGCUAACACAGAACUGCUUGAAGAAAACCCCAGCA